UCUGAUAAAUGAAGCUGCUGUCACUUUCCCAAUACUAGGAGGGAGGGAUGGCGCGUGUAAUCCAAAUCUAAAUCAACUAAGCUCAAAGCUGAAAGAAGAAUCAAUGGCGUCUCCGUCGACUUGGUGGCUUUCAUUCCCCGGUUCUGUUUAUGCCAAACCGCGCCUACUUUCUUCUUCUACGGCGCUUCCUCUAGCUUACAAUCCCCUACAAAACCCUAACAACAACAAGCUGUGUAGUAGGAAGGGGAAGAUGGAACGAUUAAUUUGCAGAGCGGAUUUUUCACAGGAAGCGCCGCUAGCGACGGCAAUAGGCGCGUGCAUACUGAGUUCGUUUGUUUUUCCGGUGGCGAAGAGAGUGGAGGAUGAAGAAGAGGAGAAUUCAGCUAUAGUGUCAACAGAUAUGAGAUUAGCAGCCAUGGGAAUCAUCAGCUUCAUCCCUUACUUCAAUUGGCUGAGUUGGGUCUUCGCUUGGCUUGACACUGGGAAAACGCGUUACUCUGUCUAUGCUCUCGUUUAUCUCCUUCCCUAUCUCAGCUCAAACCUAUCGAUUUCCCCGGAAGAGAGCUGGUUGCCCAUUACAAGCAUUGUCUUGGGCAUCAUUCAUGUUCAGCUGGAAGCAAGUAUCGCAAAUGGUGAUGUUCAGACUCUUGCAUUCUUCAGAGACGCAUCAAAGGAAAGUAUCCAUUUUGACAAGAAACAUUCCAAGGAGAAAGACAUUGACGAUUAACAUAUAAAGAAAGCCCCAAAGCACCAAGACAGAGAGAAAGAGACUACGAGCGAAUUAAAAUGAAUAAUGAUGAUGAUUAUGAGUAACGUUGUUUUGUUUCUAGCCCCAAAAACAAAGAUUGAAUAAAAAUAUAACACUGAGCCUAAAA